GUAAAGUAUCAGUCAAGAGGCAGCGAUGAAGUUGUCAUUGCUACCGCUGAUAGCCUGUACACUAGCCUACAGUAUAAAGAAUCCAGUAGAGAAAAACUAUGAGAGCCACGAUUACUACGUAUUGCAGAGUCAUAUCGACAGCUCAGAGAUAGAAAUAGCAGCUAUCGAAGAACUAUUUGGUAUGGAAUUCGUAGAAAACGUCGGCGAACUGGACAACCAUCAUUUAUUUAAGAUUCCUAAGGGUCAUUCAUUCCUUAUAGACGAUUUCCACUCUCAUUUGCACAAGAGAAACAACAACCAGUUUAGGUCUAUCACUCAACAGACUCCCCGCCAUAAAUUGCACAAAAGAGCCCCAGUUUUACCCAUCACUGAAUCACGUAUUGUCGCAGCAGCACUCGAUAUCAACGACCCAAUCUUCUCAGAUCAGUGGCAUCUGGUAAAUGAUAAGAAGUCUGAACACUCUAUCAACGUCGCACCCGUUUGGAGCCAGGGUAUCAAAGGACAAGGCGUUAAAGUCGCUGUCGUGGAUGACGGUCUCGAUAUGCAUUCAAAAGAUUUAGCCCCUACUUUCUUUGCUGAGGGUUCUUGGGAUUUCAAUGAUCAUACCGCAUUACCUGAGCCUCGCUUAAGAGAAGACUCACACGGUACACGCUGUGCAGGUGAAAUUGCAGCUGCUAGAAAUGAUGUUUGUGGUGUUGGUGUAGCCUAUGAAGCUCAAGUCGCAGGUAUUCGUAUUCUCUCAACACCAAUAUCAGAUGCAGAUGAAGCCACAGCUUUAAACUAUGGAUAUCAACUCAAUGACAUUUACUCUUGCUCCUGGGGUCCACCUGACGAUGGUAGAUCAGUGGAAGCCCCUAGCGAUUUGAUUGCAAAGGCUUUCGUUAAUGGUGUACAGAGAGGUAGAUCAGGUAAAGGUUCGCUUUUCGUCUUCGCUUCUGGAAAUGGUGCUGCUAGUGAUGAUCAAUGUAACUUUGAUGGUUACACUAACAGUAUUUAUUCGAUAACUGUCGCUGCUAUCAGUAGAGAGGGUCUUCAUCCAUAUUAUUCAGAAGCAUGUACCGCCAAUCUUGUUGUCACAUAUAGUUCUGGUAAUGGUGGUACAAUUCAUACUACGGAUGUUGGUACAAAUACUUGUACGGAUAGACAUGGUGGUACUUCUGCAGCAGCACCUAUUGCAGCGGGUAUCUACGCCUUGGUAUUGCAAGUAAGACCUGAUUUAACCUGGAGAGAUCUUCAACACCUUUCUGUGCAAACUGCUGAACCUAUUAACCUUGAAGAAGACGGUUGGGCAGUUACUGCAGCUGGAAGAAUGUACAACAAUGCCUACGGUUAUGGUAAAUUAAACACUGAAAAGAUUGUUGAAGCUGCACGCAAUCACCAACUCGUCAAGCCUCAAGCUUGGUAUGAAGGUCCAAUCGUUCAUGUACCAAAUGCUACUGACAUGAUCGGUCAACCUUUGAGUGAAAAUUGGUACGAAAGUAAAUUCCAUUUAUCAGAGAAGCGUAUGCGUCAGCAUAAUCUUGAACGUUUGGAGCAUAUCACCACAACUGUUUGGAUUGAUCAUGAAAGAAGAGGUGAUAUCGAAGUUGAACUUAUUAGUCCAAAUAAUGUUAAGAGUGUUUUGGCAAAAGUUAGAAGAUAUGAUGGUGCCGCCGAAGGUCUUAAUGGAUGGAAAUUCAUGUCUACAAAGCAUUGGGAUGAGAAUCCAGUCGGUGAUUGGACAAUCAGAGUCAAAGAUGGAUUCCAUCCAACAAAGCAUGGUAAUUUCACAGCCUGGUCUAUCGGAUUUUGGGGUGAGGCAGAAGACGCUAGCAAAGCAGUCGAUUAUGUUCUUCCUUUUGAAAGACCAAAAGGCGAACUUGAAGACGAUGAUGAUGAUGAUGAUGAUGAUGAAACAUUAUCAACUGGAACACCAAGUCAUAGCACUAGUUCUCCUCCUACUCAUCAAAAACCAAAACCAACUGAUCAUCUCCCUGAUGACCAUCAUCAAGCUGGCGAAGAAGUUCCUGAAACGUCGUAUACCCCAACACCAGAUGAAGGAUAUUUGGAGAAUUCAUCAUUUUUGUUGAAUCACCAAACUUGGCUUAUUGGCGCUGCAAUUCUUGGAUUAGCAGUUGUUGGCGCAACAGGUACAAUUUGGUUCAUUAGACGCAAGAAAGCUCAAGAACUCGCACGUGCAGAUGAAGAUAGCCGUGGUGUAUAUGCAUCAUUAAACCCGGGAGGAAAUGAUAGUCAUAGAAUGACAGAAUUCCCUUCGAAUAAUGGCGGCAGAACCCGUGAAUUAUAUGAUGCUUUCAAGUUAGCUGAUAGUGAUUCUGAAGAAGAGGAAGAAGCUGAGAAUCAGGAUGAACAUGAGUACAGAGAUGAUGAUGAGGAGAAUGACAACAAUGAGGGUGAUGAAUCUCAGGUCUUGUUUGACAAUGACAACGACAAUGGCAAUGGUAAUGAUAACCACGACGAAACAAGUCCUUGGGAUGAUCACGAGCAACGGUAAUUUUAGGGUUGCUUUGCACAGUUGUUUGUAUUAGACAAUUUCGAUAUUAUUAAUCUUUUU